UUCUAAAUCAGAGCAGUGCUCAGGAGAGGGAGAGAAAGCGAGAGACACGGAGUGAGAAAAAGGAGGGAGGGUGGCCGAAAACUAAGAGAGGAGAGCGAGAGACGAGGAAAGGAACAGAAAACGUUCACAACUGCAUCACCUCAUCAUCUGUUUAUACUGUUUGUCAACUCUUCUUUUACCAUGGCUACAACAUCCCAGGAUUUAGAGUAAGGAGGAAACAAAAACAGAGAGAAAGAGAGAGGAGAGAGAAAAAGAAAAAGAAAGAAUUCUUUGCUUCUAAGUCAGAAAGGAAGAGUGAGAGUGAAAGGAGAGAGAGGAAAGGUGGGCGAGAGGAGGAGUAGGCACCCUUUCCUUGAAGAAGUAAGAGUGCAAGGGGAAAAGGAGAGAGGAGGAAGGAGGGAGCGCACUCUACUGUGUGGACAUGGGGUUGUAUGCUGUUCUGUUGAUCUGUCUAUCCCAGGCACAGUUUGGGAGAAUUUGGGCGCAGGAGCGAACAGAUGAUACAUCACUGCGGAUAGAUGGGGGCUCGUCCUGGACGGGCAGGAUCUACAGAGACCAGCAGCCCUCCAUCAAACAUGGUCAGAACCGAGCGGUACGCAACGCACUGGAGGGAGGACUGGACAUCGAUACCCUGCCCGACAACAUAACCCAUGUGGUGGAGGACUCUCAGAGGUACUACAGGUGGAGGAGUUACGGGCCAGGGGACAGACGGAUGGAGGAACUCUGGGUAGACCUAAGCUCUGUGCAACAGAGCGAAGUCAGAGUGCACGGCAUCCUGUCCAACACACACCGGCAGGCAGCGCGUGUGGCUCUCUCCUUUGACUUCCCCUUCUAUGGACACUACCUGAGACAAAUCACCAUAGCAACAGGAGGGUUCAUCUUCACGGGGGAGAUCACUCAUCGCAUGCUGACAGCCACACAGUACAUCGCCCCCCUCAUGGCCAACUUUGACCCCAGUUUUUCAAAAAACUCAACAGUGCGGUACAUGGACAAUGGGGAGGUGUUUGUGGUGCAAUGGGACAAGGUGCGGCUUCAGGGGCGCGAGGCAGAGGGAACCUUCACCUUCCAGGCUGCUCUCCAUAACAAUGGAACGAUCGCGUUCAACUACAGAGAGGUUCCUUUGCCAGUAGAGAAGAUCAACUCCACUGAACACCCAGUGAAGGUGGGCCUGUCUGACGCGUUCAUGGCCCUCCUCCCCUCUCCACAGUCCUCAGACGCAAGACGGCGGACCAUCUAUGAGUACCAUAGAGUAGAGAUUGACGCCACCAAGAUCAUCAAUCACUCUGCCUUUGAGUUCACUCCAUUGCCCACAUGUCUCCAACACACCACCUGUGAACUCUGUCUCAUAUCCAACCUGACAAAUGGCUGUGGUUGGUGCAACACACUGCAAAGAUGCUCCGAUGGAAUUGAUCGUCACAGACAGGAGUGGCUCGACUACAACUGUCCUGAAGAGGCAAAAGAGGGCACUUGUGAGGACUACACUCAGGGUGGCCCUGAGGGUUCCACGGGGUCCUUCAACCACUCGGCCCCAGAGCCCACGCCCUCCCCUGCAGUGCUCUCAGAUAUCCCCGUCACUGAGGAUGACACCAAACUUUUCAUUCGCUACAAUGGUGGUGACUUGCAAACAGGUCCUCCGCACCAGGAACGGACAGAGCACACUGCGAUUAUUGCAGGUGUGGUGGCAGCCCUCAUUCUGCUGGUAGCCUUAACCCUUUUGGCUGUCUACUAUAUCAACACACACCCCACUGUUGCUCCUCCAUUCUACCUCAUGCAGCGACACACCAAUAACUACUGGCCAUCUAUGAAGUUCCGCAACCAGAGCUGUCACUCCACCUAUGCUGAGGUGGAGCUUGGGGGUCACGAUAAGGAGGGCUUCAUUGAGGCCGAACAGUGCUGCUAAGUAGGCUGGACUUCCAGGGCAAAGUUGGACAAGAGAGUGAGCCCCAUUUUGGGGAUUAAAUAAGGAACUAGAGAGGACAGAAAUGCAAAACUUCCCUUAUUCCUACUAUGGUGGACAAUGUGUAACUGCUUGUAGAGAACAGUACUUUGUCUGUUUUUUCUGUGUCUCUCGCUCUUCGCCUGUCCAACAUGCAGCAGCUGUCUAUGGCCCUGUUUGAAUACUCUAAUAAUAUAUUCUUCCUCCUUCCCUUCCUUGAGGUAAGCACAAAUCUAGCAUAAUUUGAUAGGUGAGCAAGAAGUCCACUACAUUGAUUUCACCAAUCAUAUCAUAUCAGAUCGGCGAUAACUUCGAGGAAGGGGGGCCUACAGUGCCUUCGGAAAGUAUUCAGACCCCUUGGCUUUUUCCACAUUUUGUUACGGUACAGCCUGACUCUAAAAUUGAUUUAAUUGUUUUUUUUUCUCUCAUCAAUCUACACACAAUACCCCAUAAUGACAAAGCAUAAAACAUUUUUUUUUUAAAUGUUUUCUAAUUUAUAAAAAAUAAUAAGCUGAAAUAUCACAUUUAGAUAAGUAUUCAGACCCUUUACUCAGUACUUUGUUGAGGCCCCUUUGGCAGCGAUUACAGCCUUGAGUCUUCUUGGGUGUUAUUCUACAAUUUUGGCACACCUACACUACUGGUCAAAAAUAAUAGUGAAGACAUCAAAACUAUUAAAUAGCACAUAUUGAAUCAUGUGGCUCUGGAUAAGAGCGUCUGCUAAAUGACUAAAAUGUAAAUGUAAAUGUAAAUGUAGUAACCAAAAAGGUGUGAAGCAAAUAAAUAUAUAUUUUAUAUUUGAGCUUCUUCAAAUAGCCACCCUUUGCCUUGAUGACAGCUUUGCUCUCAACCAGCUUCAUGAGGUGGUCUACUGGAAUGCAUUUCAAUUAACAGGUGUGACUUAUUAAAAGUUCACUUGUGGAAUUUCUUUCCUUCUUAAUGCGUUUGAGACAAUCAGUUGUGCUGUGACAAGGUAGGGGGGUAUACAGAAGACAGUCCAAUUUGGUAAAAGACCAAGUCCAUAUUAUGGCAAGAACUGCUCAAAUCAGCGAUGAGCAACGACAGUCCAUCAUUACUUUAAGCCAUGAAGGUCAAUCAAUCUGGAAAAUUUCACGAAAUUUAAAAGUUUCUUCAAGUGCAGUCGCAAAAACCAUCAAGCGCUAUGAUGAAACUGGCUCUCAUGAGGACCGACACAGGAAUGGAAGACCCAGAAUUACCUCUGCUACAGAGGAUAAGUUCAUUAGAGUUACCAGCCUCAGAGAUUGCAGCCCAAAUAAAUGCUUCACAGAGUUCAAGUAACAGACACAUCUCAACAUCAACUGUUCAGAGGAGACUGUGUGAAUCAGGCCUUCAUGGUUGAAUUACUGCAAAGAAACCACUACUAAAGGACACAGAUAAGAAGAGACUUGCUUGGGCCAAGAAACACGAGCAAUGGACAUUAGACCGGUGGCAAUUUGUCCUUUGGUCUGGAGUCCAAAUUGGAAUUUUUGGUUCCAACAGCCAUGGUUUUGUGAGACGCGGUGUAGGUGAACGGAUGAUCUCCGCAUGUGUAUUUCCCACCGUAGAAAAUUGAGUAGGGGGUGUUUUGGUGUAGUAGCAUGGCUACUACAGCAUUCUGCAGCGAAAUGCCAUCCCAUCUGGUUUGGGCUUAGUGGGACUAUCAUUUGUUUUUCAACAAGAUAAUGACCCAUCACAUCUCCAGGCUGUGUAAGGGCUAUUUGACCAAGACGGAGAGUGAUGGAGUGCUGCAUUCGAUGACCUGGCCUGCACAAUCCCCCGACCUCAACCACAUUGAGAUGGUUUUGGAUGAGUCGGACCACAGAGUGAAGGAAAAUCAGCCAACAAGUGCUCAGCAUAUGUGGGAACUCCUUCAAGAUUGUUGGAAAAGCAUUCCAGGUGAAGCUGGUUGAGAGAAUGUCAAGAGUAUGCAAAGCUGUCAUCAACUUUGAAGAAUCUGAAAUAUAAAAUAUAUUUUGAUUUGUUUAAAACUUUUUGGUUACUACAUGAUUCCAUAUGUGUUAUUUCAUGGUUUUGAUGUCUUCACUAUUAUUCUACAAUGUAAAAAAUAUAAAAAAUAAAGAAAAACCCUUGAAUGAGUAGGUGUCCUUAAACUUUUGACCGGUAGUGUUUAUUUCUCCCAUUCUUCUCUGCAGAUCCUCUCAAGCUCUGUCAGGUUGGAUGGGGAACAUUGCUGCACAGCUAUUUUCAGGUCUUUCCAGAGAUGUUCGAUCGAGUUCAACUCCGGGCUCAGGCUGUGCCACUCAAGGACAUUCAGAGAUUCCUAGGUUGCCUUGGCUGUGUGUUUAGGGUCAUUGUCCUGUUGGAUGGUGAUCGGUCGCCCCAGUUGGAGGUCCUGAGCUCUCUGGAGCAGGUUUUCAUCAAAGAUCUCUCUGUACUUUUCUCUGUUCAUCUUUACCUCGAUCCUGACAAGUCUCCCAGUUCCUGCCACCGAAAGAAAUCCCCACAGAAUGAUGCUGCCACCAACAUGCUACACCGUAGGGAUGGUGCCAGGUUUCCUCCAAACUUGACACUUGGCAUUCAGGCCAAAGAGUUCAGUCUUGGUUUCAUCAGGCCAGAGAAUCUUGUUUCUCAUGGUCUGAGAGUUUUUAGGUGCCGUUUGGCAAACUCCAUGCGGGCUGUCAUGUGCUUUUUACUGAGGAGUGGCUUCUGUCUUGCCACUCUACCAUAAAGGCUUGAUUGGUGGAGUGCUGCAAAGAUGGUUGUCCUUCUGAAAGAAUCUCCAAAGAGGAACUCUUGAGCUUUGUCAGUGACCAACGGGUUCUUGGUCACCUCCUUGACCAAGGCCCUUCUCCCCCAAUUGCUCAGUUUGGCCCGGGCGGCCAGCUCUAGGAAGAGUCUUGGUGGUUCCAAACUUCUUCCAUUUAAGAAUGAUGGAGGCCACUGUGUUCUUGGCGACCUUCAAUGCAGCAGAAAUUUUGUUGGUACCCUUACCCAGAUCUGUGCCUCGACACAAUCCUGUCUCUAUGGACAAUUCCUUCGCCUCAUGGCUUGGUUUUUGCUCUGACAUGCACUGUCAACUGUGGGACUUUAUAUAGACAGGUUUGUGCCUGUCCAACUCAUGUCCAAUCAAUUGAAGUUGUAGAAACAUCUCAAGGAUGAUCAAUGGAAUCAGGAUGCACCUGAGCUCAAUUUCGAGUCUCAUAGCAAAGUGUCUGAAUACUUAAGUAAAUAAGGUAUUUCUGUUUUAGUUUUUUUACAUUUGCAAACAUUUCUAAAAACUUUUUUUAUUUUUGUCAUUAUGGGGUAUUGUGUGUAACUUCCUGAGGAUUCUUAAAAAAUAUAUAUAUAUUAGAAUAAGGCUGUAACGUAGCAAAAUGUGGAAAAAGUCAAGGGGUCUGAAUACUUUCCGAAGGCACUGUAUGUAUAAUCAGAGAGGAUGGAUGUUGGGAAAACUCCAUCUGAGAGAAAAGAGCUGAAUACACAUUGCGUGUAAAGUCAGGGAAUGGUACAGACACACUAGCCUUCAUUACUGCAAACCAAUGUACAGUUCAACUUUAUAAUGGCUGUGUUUUAAUUUUGUUCUGUUUUGAGAAGAUAUCUUGUGUUUUCUAAAAUGUCUUGGUUGGUGAACAACCGUUGAGUUACAGUAUACGUACAAUACUAUAGCCACAUGGACUUCACUAUAACAGAUAUCUUUUAGUGAUUCUAAUGAUCAUUAUUGCCAUGAACCACUUUGGAAAAACCUGGUUACAUUGUUUUGGAGAAAUUUACUUUCAUUAAGUUUAGCAUAUGAAAAAAAUAAUGUUUUGUUUGACAUCAGUACUGUUUGAAAAUGUUCCAAUAAAAACUUGUGGUUGGUUUUGAUAAAA